AUGUCUAAAAUAGAAGUGAUUACUGAAAAUGUUAAUAACGGCCAUACUGGCCAAUUGCAACAAAUUCAAUAUACUCAAUCCCAAAUGGUGGGACAUGGUUCAUUUGGGGUUGUUUUCCAAACACAAAUAUUACCAAGUAACGAGAUUGCUGCUAUUAAAAGAGUCUUACAGGAUAAACGAUUUAAAAAUCGUGAAUUACAAAUCAUGAAAUUAAUCCAUCAUCGUAAUAUAGUUGAUUUAAAGUAUUAUUUUUAUACUAAUAAUGAUAAACAAGAAUUGUAUCUUAAUUUAAUAUUAGAAUUUGUUCCAGAAACUUUAUAUAAAGCUAGUCAUUAUUAUGUUCUGAAAAGAUUAUCAAUGCCGCAAUUAGAAGUUAAAUUAUACACUUAUCAAAUGUUAAGGGCCCUUAAUUAUAUCCACUCUCAAGGAAUUUGUCAUCGAGAUAUUAAACCCCAAAAUUUAUUAAUUAAUUCAGAAACCGGGGAAUUGAAGUUAUGUGAUUUUGGUAGUGCUAAAAUUUUAAAUCCAAAUGAACCAAACGUUGCUUAUAUUUGUUCAAGAUAUUACCGAGCACCAGAAUUAAUAUUUGGGGCAACUAAUUAUACUACCAAAAUUGAUGUUUGGAGUGCUGGUUGUGUUAUGGCUGAAUUGAUUUUAGGUCAACCAUUAUUCCCUGGUGAACUGGGAAUUGAUCAAUUGGUUGAAAUUAUUAAAAUUUUAGGGACUCCUUCAAAGGAACAAAUUAAAAAUAUGAAUCCAAAUUAUAUGGAACAUAAAUUCCCCCAAAUUAAACCAAUUCCAUUAACAAAAAUUUUUAAGAAGAUGUCAAAUGAUUGUAUUCAAUUCUUGAUUAAAAUUUUACAAUAUAGUCCAAUUGAUCGUAUAAGUUGUAUUGAAGCCUUGAGUGAUGAAUAUUUUGAUGAGUUGAGAAAUUCAAAUACAAAAUUACCUAAUUAUAGAAAAUUAUUUAGUCAACAAUAUUAUUCAUCCGAUUCAAAUCAUUCAAAUAAUGCCAAUUACCAAUUAUACUCUAAUCAACCAGAUAUCCGUAAUUUACCAGAAUUAUUUGAUUUUGACGAUCGGGAAUUAUCAGUUAUGCCUCAAUUAAAUUCAAAAUUAAUACCUGCUUUUGCCAUGAAUCAUUUAAAAUGGUCAAGAUUUAAUGAUAUUAAUGAUAUAAAUUCUUUUAUUCCCUUAAAUCUGGAUGAAUUAAAAGUUACUUUAGAUUAA